AUGGGUCGAAGAAAGAAAUCCACUAAGAAGAUCCAAACGCGCAAGAAGCAAGUGGUCUCUACAGUGUUUAAAUGUCCCUUUUGUUCCCACGACGAGGCCGUCGAGUGUAAAAUGGAUCGUGAACGUAACAUUGGUCACUUGUCCUGCCGCGUAUGUACCGAAAGCUUUCAGACUCCAAUUCAUUAUUUGAGUGCACCAAUUGACGUCUAUACGGAUUGGAUUGACGAGUGUGAGGCUUUGAAUGCAUAG